AUCUUAUCGAAACUAAAACCUCGAUACUAUCGAUACUAUCGUGCGAGGCUAGCAUCCAUCACUAGCCAGUCCAUUUUUUCAUUGUGUCGGUUCAGUUUAUUUCGGUUUGUUUUUCGUUUCUUCCGUUCCCAUGAAAACCCCUAACUAAAGGAUAAAGGACAUUAGGCCAAGCUCGCGCAUUUAUCUUGAUUUUUAACCGGCCUGCGCGAAUUUUUUUCUUUUUGUUGUCCUUUCUUCAAAGCGGCAGCCUGAAUGCGAGUGUGUGAGUGUCAGUGGCUGUGCAAUGUGUGUUGUCUCUUUCCGAAUGCGUUAGAAACAUAUUCGGCGUUUGUUGAAUAAAAAAUCUAGUUGGUGCAAUUACAGCAGCCCAAAAAGAGAGAGUCAAUCAGAGAUCCAUCCACAUGAAAAGGAGCCGAGGCAGGCAGCCAAGUUAACUGGAAACAAAACAUCAAGCCAGCAUACCAAACAAACAAAUAUAAACACUCUUGCCAAUUUAUCGAAUAAACAAGAAGCCGAGCCAGGAGAGGCAGCCCCAACAAACAAGGAGCUCCUCCUCCGCCAUCUGCGCCCUCCAACGUGAUACACGAAGUUUUGCACCCCUCGAACCCGACCCGAAUCAUGGAGUUCAUGGAACUCGGUCAUGUUUGAGCGCUUCCGACUGAACAACCUGACUAGAACCUUUCGCCUGCGAGGAGGCGGCCCAGAACUGGCGCGCGACAAGAAGAACCCGCAACGGCAGCAAUGCGUCACCGUCCUGUUCCUAGAUGACAUCACGCACACCUUUCGGAUCGAGAAACGUGCGAAAGGCUCUGAGCUCCUGGAUCAAGUCUUUCAAUAUCUCGAGUUAUCCGAAAGGGACUAUUUUGGUCUACUAUUUCCACAGAAGCCGGGUGACGUCGUGAGAUGGGUUGAUGCCCAGAAGCAGUUUAAGAAGCAAUGCAGCAGCGUUUCCCUCGACAACGAUGCCGUACCAUUAUUAGAGUUUAGGGUUAAGUUUUUUGUAAGCGACCCCAGCCGACUGCAGGAGGAGUUCACACGCUACCAGUUCUAUCUGCAGAUCAAGCGCCACAUUCUGCUGGGCAAGCUGCCGUGCUCCAGCAACACCCAGUGCCUGCUUGCCAGCUACACUGUGCAAUCCGAGUUGGGAGACUUUAAUGCGUCAGAACACCAGCCGGGAUAUUUGAGCGGGAUGCAGCUGCUCUGCGACCAGACAACCGAGGCGGAGCGAAAGGUUGGAGAACUGCACAAGCUGCACCGUGGUCAGCUGCCGGCGGACGCGGAGUACAACUACCUGGAGCACGCUAAGCGAUUGGAACUAUACGGAAUUGACCUGCACAGGGCCACCGACUCCAAUGGCAAGGAUCUGCAGCUGGGCGUAUCGGCCGUCGGACUGCUCGUCUUCCAGCAUUCGUUGCGCGUGAACACCUUCUCGUGGAGCAAGAUGGUCAAGGUGUCGUUCAAGCGUAAGGACUUCUUCAUCCAGUUGCGCCGCGAGCCCAGCGAGAACUACGAUACUUUGCUGGGCUUUGGGAUGAGCAGCCACAAGCAUGCCAAGGCGCUGUGGAAAUCCUGCGUGGAGCACCACAGCUUCUUCCGCCUAAAGCGACCGCACCGCCUCUCGCGGUUCCUCAACAUCAGCUUAGGUAGCAAGUUUUACUACUCUGGACGCACAGAGCUCCAGGCGGUGCAGGAGUCCAAGAGCCGCGGUCGCAUCCACAAGGUAUUUGUGCGCUCGCCGAGCAAGCGGCUUUUGGGAGCCGCCGGCGGUGUGGGAACAUCGGGCUCCUCGGGCGGUACUCCCAUGCAGCAGCACAGCGGUUCGGAGAGUGCCAACUCCCACAACAACGGAAAGCCAGCCGGCGCAGGAACCAUUCUGACCAUUACCAAGACUAGCCGCCCGCACGAUAACAAGGUCACUUCCAAGGAGGCCGACUCCAUGCCGCGCAAGGCCUGGGAGCAGCAAAGCGACGAGUAUGACAUUCAGCUCGACGUGGGUUUCAUUGAACAGUGCACCCGACGCUUCGAUUCUGCCUCCCCGUCGCCCAUGCCGCCCGCCUACAGCUCCGGCCAGCACAGCCCACUCCUACUGCCAACAACCAUCGCGGACGCAGUGGGUCAUCAGCAGCCGGAAAGCGGCAGCGACCUCAUCACCAUUCGUUUGCAGGCCGACGAGCAGGGACGGUAUGGUUUCAACGUGAAGGGUGGAGUGGAUCUGAGCCUGCCCGUUCAGGUGUCAAAAGUAGUACCCCAUACGCCCGCCGAUCGUUGCACUCCGCGUGUCUGCGAGGGCGACGAAGUACUGAUGAUUAAUGGCCGGGAUGUGCACGGCCUGCGUCACGAGCAGGUGGUGGCCAUGAUUCGUGAUUGUCGUCAUCAAGCCAGCGGCGAAUUGCUACUGACAGUGCGGCCCCAGCGCUCGGCUCCUCUGCUCCUUGAGGAGGAGCCGUUGUACCAGUACGUCCCGGAGAGCGACGAGAUCGGAUCACACUCUAAUCUGCUAGAUGGAGAUGCUUUGUUCACCCAGAGCCUGCUGCUGCUCAGCGAUGGCUUGGCCUCGGGCGCCCUAUUGGCGCAGUACGAGCUCAUGUACAGAAAGAAUCCGGAUCUGGCCAUCACUGAAGCUCGGAAGCCGGCGAACGCGCCCAAGAACCGAUAUCGAGACAUAUCGCCAUAUGACUGCACCCGGGUAUCUCUGGUCAACUCGCUCACAGGCGACUACAUCAACGCCAACUACGUAAACAUGGAGAUUCCCGGCGGAGCGGUGAACCGAUAUAUCGCCACCCAGGGACCGCUGGCCAGCACCACGACGGACUUUUGGCGCAUGGUGCAGCAGGAGAGCAGCCAUCUCCUGGUGAUGCUAACGACAGUAAUGGAGUCGGGUCGCCAGAAAUGCCACCAGUAUUGGCCGGUGACUGGGGAGGAACUUCAACUAGCGGAGGGAUUCUCGGUGCGCUGCCUUAGCGAGAAACCGGACGAGACGGGUAGCUUCGUUUUCCGCGAGUUCGUUCUGAAGGACAAGCACGAGCAGCGUCACAUCCACCACAUGCAGUACUUGGCCUGGCCAGAUCACUGUGUGCCCUCCGAUCCUAACCUUUUCCUAGAGUUUACGGAGCGGGUGCGCGCCGCUCGAAAUCGCACGCUCCUUCAGGAGAUCGAGGAGAGUCUGAAGCAGGUGCGCCUAAUGGAUGCCGAUGCGGAUGCCGACGAGAACGGCGGACUGAUGCGCGAGCGCAAGUGCGCGGCCAGCAACGGGGCCACUCCGGAGGACGAAACGCCGGUCUCGACAAGCGUGCAUCAGUGCAUCAGUGCAGCCAAUCCACCUGUGAUUGUCCACUGCUCGGCGGGAAUAGGACGUACUGGAGUGCUCAUACUGAUGGACACGGCGCUGGCAUUGAUGGAGGCUCGAGAGCCAGUAUAUCCGUUGGACAUUGUGCGCACCAUGCGCGAUCAGCGUGCCUGCAUGGUUCAGAAUGUGAGCCAGUACCGCUUCGUGUGCGAGUGCAUCUGCGCCGCCUACAUGAAGAUCUCACGCAGCAGUGCAGCCAUUAACGACGACGAGGAUUAGGGGCAGGACCAUCCAGCUACGCAAUCUACAAUCUUCCGCUUACACGCCCCAAGUUUUUCUUAUUCUAUGCGAGACUUCGUCUAAAUCUAUCUAAUUUUUAGGUCCCGUAGACAUAUGAUAAAAACUGAUUGUAUAUCAUUACUCUUACAAACCCGUAUAUUGUAUUAUCAACUCCGUUCAUAAGGUACCCCUAAAUACACACUUACUUACUUA